AUGGCUGCCCUCAUCGCCGAAAUACAUUCGCUCCAGGCCUCGCUCAAACUUACACAGGCCCUCUUGCAGUCUCACGUAAACGAUCUGGCCAUCAUGGAUGACGACGAGCUCUCCGUCGGCGAAUCUCCUGGUGAGGUCGCCGACGUGUCCGCCAACGACAGGCAACGCGCUUCUUUGCAGACCUAUCUCGAUUCGCUGCCUUACGAGUGUGAAAGCAUCGAAGAAAUGCAGACUUGUCUUGAAGAAAUUGUGGAGAAGCUAUACAUCACGGCUAAAAGCAAGAAUUGGCUUGUCUUGAGCACUUGGGAUGGCAUGCUUCAAUGCUGGCUUUUGAUGCGCUAUCCUAUGCAAAAAAUCACUCGCGCAAAGCUCGUGCGCUUCUACUACGAGCUAUGUCUCCUCCCUGGCAUUGAACCUCGUAUUCUCCGCAACUGGGCCGACAUGCUCUCACGUCUACUGUCGAACAAACCUGGUCUUCGGCGAAAGCUCGAAGCCACUGACCUUGAAUUAUCAUGGCAGCCCCUCUGGCGCAAUUUGCAGAAAGAACUAUGGCCCAAGAGCAGCCUCGAUGACUCUUCGCGCAAUCUUAUCAACAUUCUUUUAUACGUUGCAGAGGUUUGCAAACGCUACUAUCCGGCGUCACAGAUUGCCGCAAUGCUCGACACAUUUUUACCGAUGUUAACCAAAGAAACUGUGUUGACUAUGAUUCCUGUGUUGACCUCCUUCCUCCCUCCUACAAAUACCCGUCUGUACCUUCCAGCUCUAUUCAAGAUCUGGGAGGCAUUCAACUCUGGCGUGAUCGACGACCGGUUGCUCGAACUAUGCGGAGACUUGUCAGAAGAACACGUCUCGGGCAUUGCAGGAGAUGCUGGGCCAGAUGGUGGCGCACCGUGGAAGGAUGUUGGGAUUUGGACGGAUGCUCAAUGGAAGACGCUUGUUGGAAAAGGUCUCGGGUCCAUGAAUGUUCCUGUUGGAGCCAUGCGUGGUGCAUCGAAUACGUCUACCCAUGCAGACCUAUUGGAUAAAGGCAGCAUGCGCAUCAAGAAGACCAUCAACAGGAUUCAUGCCCUCGCUAAGAUUCUAGUCUAUUCUAUGCGAAGCGACGGCGAGGUUCGAGCAGCGACACCACCUAAUCCCUCUGCGAAAGGCCAUAGUUUGCCGCAACAAAAAGGGUAUUACGCUGGUUCGAAGGCGGUUGAUUCUUUGGACCGUCUAAUUACCAGCAUCGAGUCCUUUUUCCAUCCAUCUAACACAGGUGCCUGGACUCUCUCAUUGACCACGUUCAUUCAACGCCUCGGCUCUGAAUUCACGAAACGUUGGAAUGAGGAGGAGCAACCUACCUGCAAGACUCCCAUAACCCAUAGACUGACGCCUGCAAUCCGACGCGCUUUGGUUACCAUUUUGAAGACACCUGCCCUUCUCGCUAUGUUUUCUAAAGAUCCCAUUUCUAUGAGCUACGCCCAAGGAGCUCUUCGAUCUUUAGCUCUGCUCGAACCUAGUUUAAUAAUGCCAGAGCUCCUUGAGCGUGCAUACGGCGGUUUGGAGGUGGUCAACGAGACGCACAGAACAACUGCCGUGUUGAGUAUGCUUUCUGGCAUCUCUCGUCCCUUGGUCAGCGAGCAGAUCUGGCUUGGAGGUCAGAAGCAUAUCGUUCCUUUGCUGGAGCUGUGUAUCCCUGGAAUCGAUCUUAAUGACCCGGUCAAGACUGUUUGCGCCACCAUGUUUAUCGUCUCUGUUGUCCAGCACAUCAAGAUUGGCGAUCUCUCGCAGUCCGGCAUGUCUUUCUCCGGUGAUGAACCGGACGAUAGCAUGGACGUCGACGACGUUGACCACCUGCCUGAAGGAACUGAUGUUGGAGAUGUUCCUCGUCUUAGUCGGGCAGAAGAACGAUCGCUCGUUAGGGAUAGCACAGCUAGCUUUGCAGACUGGGUCGUCUCCCUUUUCCGUCGCGUCUUUUCUCUCUACGAGAACCUGCCCGAAGAAGGCGGGAGGAAGAAUACCACAGGCGGUAAACAAGAAGAGAGUGUCCUCAAGGCCAUCAAGAGCAUGAUGGAUGUCAUCUGCCUCCACCUUUCCGACCAACUAUUCGACCUGGUCCUGAACCUUGUUUAUGACUAUGCCACGACCAAUGCAAAGUCAAAUGCUGUUCGCGCAUUCGGCCAGCUUGUCGCCUGCUUGGCUCGUGUUCGUCCAGAGAAGACGAUGGCCAAGUUUUUGCCCCAUUGUGUGAUGCAGAUCGAGGACGAGUUGAAGCAUGGUGCCUCGAGUGUUCGCACUACUUCUACUCAUGCGGCCGUACCAUCGGAUACGACCUUGCAUUGGAAUAUGGCCAUUCUUCGUGGAUGUCUUGGAUAUGGUGGCUCUGCUCUUCUUGUUCAUAAAGCCCAGAUCAUCGGGUUGCUCGGGCUUCUCGUCGAGAAGACGAAGAGCGAGCGCGGCUAUACAGGCACUGGUCGUCUUAUCACACGCAUUCUGGGCACGAUAGGCGGAGUUUAUCCGUUGAACACGCGUUUCGUGAACACCAAGGAGUGGGAGGAUCCUAACUUCAGAAAGACGCAUAACACCCAAUGGGGCCGCUUGUACGAACCCCAGGAUGUCGUCGUUGAAUGGCAUGUUCCAGUUGACGAAGAAAUCGCGAUGGUUUUAGAUAUCAUCGAACAGAUCGCCAAACCUGCGUUGCAAAAGGUCUCAACCCUCGUCGAAACCAGCGGUACUUGGAACAACGUGGCCAGAAACGACUUCUGCCGAUUUCUCCAUGCUUGCAGAGCGGUUUGGGGCGGCCUGCCAACCCUCAUCAAGGAGCAGCAAAAGGAGGUGGUUAAUCCAUGCCUGAACGUCGAUCAAGAACUUCCAGAAUUGCUCGUGGCGCACUUCGAUGUGAAAGCAGGAUUUACAUUAACUGAUCCCAAUGACCAGCGUUACCAAAGAGUCUUCAGACGCCGACAACAGUUCGCAGAAGUCGUUUUACAUGCGGCCGCCACAUUUAGGAAGACUACCAAUGGUGAAGACCAUAUAGAUGCUGUUAUAGGUGUAACAAGAGCCAUUGACACGUACCUCCUGAGUUAUGGCAUGAACAGAGGCGAGUACGACUCCAUGCAGAAGAAUUAUGCGCAAGCUCGGGAUCUCAAUCGAUCCUGGCAGAAGCAGAAGGACAAUUCGCGCCUCGUUUUUGUGAAAAGGGCACAUGUUUAUCACAGCGGCCGUGUCUACAUGCACGCCUUGUAUCGCCGCCGAUCCGGACUGGACGAUAAAUUACUAGGAGAAUUGGUUGAGCUUUCGCUAUCUAAGUACACAAGGAUCAGAAGACAAGCUCAAGCAGUCCUUCACAGUGUGACAGGAUAUUACGUCCGUUCCACCCGGUUGAUACUGCCCUCUCUUUUCAAAGCCCUCGAGAAGGGUAAUGACCCCGAUCGGAUUAAGGGAGCGUUGUACAUUCUCUGGAACAAGGGCAUCGCUGCGUAUGCUUUAGCAGAUCAAGCCUACCAUAAGGCCUAUCUUACUUCGCUGUUGGAGUGCCAACAUGAGGAAAAACCAUCUAUUCAAAAAGUCGUUAAUAGUCUCGUUCAGGAUUGCGUGUCACACAUCAGCGAGGAGGCCGUGCAGACAGAUGCGUACACCCUACCAACGCCACGUCUAGACGAUUCCCUGGAUCAGCUUGUGCAAGAACUGCAGUCGAUUAAAAUCGACCAAAAGCUUCUCGAGGCCUCCAUCCAGAAGAGUGCCGUACGCGUUACUCGACGUGAGAUCGUGUAUAGAGAUGCUGUGUCGGCCAUCCUUGACAUUGCGUUGCGACCAACAACUCAUUGGCGCUAUGUUCAAAUGGCAGCUCGCUUCUUGUACUACUUGCUUCGGAGAGAUGUAGCACCUCCUCCAGAACUAGCUAAAUUCUUCCUCGAUCAGACAACGAGUCCGCAACCGACUGUCCGUGUCAUUGUGCAGAAAGCCAUCGUCAAGUUGCUAUCAUUUGUCAAGAUACGAAGCUUUUCGCAAUCCAAGGAAGAGCUCUGGCUAGAUGAAUGGCAGAACCCGUUAACACGUCAGGUUGCCAUCGGCCACCCAGAAGAGUUCCUCCGCUCACUACAACAGCCAGUGGACAGGGAUGGAAUAUUUUUCGACUCUAUAAAGACGGGUUUCUUAAGUUGGAUACCAACUGUCAAGGGUUAUAAAGCUGUGUCCGACGGAGACAACCCUUUCUCAUGGGACAAGGAAUCCCUUUCAAGCUUGGAGACCAUUCAUACGGCUGUCAGAAAGGAAGGGUAUCUGCAAUCGCUCGCAACACUUUGGAGCCAGGAACCGAGCAAGAGUGGCGGCACUCUAGACCUCCGCGGUGAAAAUGCGCUCUUCUUCAAAUUCCUUGCCAAAGUCUUCGGUGAUAGUGGUCUCGACGAAAUUUUGGCGGUCGUGGACCCGCUGUUAUUUGACUCCGACAAGUACAAACAGCGAGCAGGUGCUGAGAUUCUAUGCGGUAUCUUACGUGGCGCCAAACACUGGCCUCCUGGCCCCUCGAGCAAACUGUGGGUGUGGACAACAAGCCGACUGAACCGCAUUGUUGCCCAGAUUAAACCAGAGACCCUCUCCUUCUGGGAAGCUGUGUUUCAGUAUCAAUUACACCGCCGAGAUCCACGUCGGACCAAACCUCUUGUGGAUUGGAUACUCAGUCUGCCUCUUGAGUUUAAUGAAGAUUCUGCAUUCGAAAUGACCAAGCCAUUGUGUUUGUUCGGAAUUUUGGUUGAUGCGAUGGGAAUCUACUUCAAUCCUAGAGCGGGACCGUACGUCAAGUUGCUCUUUGAAAACACCAACUCUGGCUACGCGGAGAUGAGACAGCACGUCUGUCAAGGCCUUUAUGUGACCCUCGGAAAUCAAUGGCAGCCCUGGUACCCCUCUACGAAGGCAUUCUUGGCUGCCUGCGACGAACAGCAUGAUCCAUUGUGCAUAAGGGAUGCUCCGUUCAUGGGUUAUGUCGUUGACACGAUGGAAAAGUUGCCCAAGUGGAGAGAAGAACGUCUUCCGCCGCCUCGUGUUAACCAAUCUGAGUACGACAAAGUUGGUUUGACCCUCCUCCAAUGGCUCUGGGUUUCCGCGCACAGCGCCACGGCAUCCACUAUGUUCCCUUAUGCGGUUACUAUGAUGCCCGAGAUCCUUCGGAUGUCCGAGUUGAACGAUAGCUCCGAAUUGCAAGCUUAUAGCUCAGCAGUGCUUUACAUCUUAUCGGCUGUUACUCCUCCCGUAGAAUAUAUUGAAGUAAUCCUCGACAAUUUUGUCAUUGCCGUCAAAUUCUCAACGUCCUGGAGGAUCCGCCUGCAUGCACUGCCUGCUUUGGUCGUUUUCUUCUAUAGAAAUCUUCUGUCAAUCUCGCAAGAUGGCGUCGCGAAAGUCAUGGACGUUUUGGUCGAAUGCUUGUCCGAUGAGAAUAUUGAGGUCAGGGAGAUGGCAUCCAAGGUCUUUUCUGGUGUAGUCAGAUGCUCUCAGCGACAGAGCAUCAUACCCUUGAAGGAGGGCUUCUCUUCCUCCACGACGGGACCCUUCCUAUGCAGAUCCCUGCGAAAGCUGCACUCUGCAAUUUUAGGAAUUUGCGCUCUCAUAGAAAGCUUGCCUUAUUCCGUCGAGGCGUGGAUGCCACCACUCACAGAAGUUCUGGCGCCUCAUGCCACUGACCCACCCCCGAUUUCGACCACGAUUCGCAAGUGUGCAUCAGAGUUCAAGAAGACCCAUCAGGAUACAUGGCACAAGGACCAACUAUUGUUCGACGAGGAUCAAUUGCAGAGCCUUUCGACCAUGCUUGUGGGAACGUCAUAUUACGCAUAA